GGCGACGCGGGAUCAUUUCACUUUGAGACUAAACUCCGUUGUGUACACUCGCCGGUCCGUAUCCGUACUUUCGCCGCGUAUAAAAACUUUACGCCAAAAUGUCAAGUGACAUAAUUAGACCGCGUUACGGAUUCUAUUUUUAAAUGUGCCAGUGAAUUAUAGUUUUGGCGGCAAAAUGACUUUUUAAUUUGGCGGUCACCGAAUUUCGAGUCAAGGAUUCUUAAAAUGGAUCCGGAACUCUUCGAAGAAAUGGAGGUGACGACCAGCCGGUCACUAGCCACCACUCUCUUCCCUGGACACGGCAAUCUCACGCAGAAUGCCACCGACUUGAACAUGUUCUUUUUCUAUGAUUAUAUCCAGUUUCCGGUGAUGUGGCUGCUGUUCGUGUUGAUCGUUCUCCUAAACGCAUCAGUGAUAGCUGCACUGCUCUGUACAAAUGCGAGGAAAAGUCGAAUGAAUUUCUUCAUAAUGCAACUCGCGAUUGCUGAUCUGAUGGUUGGCCUGUUAUACGUGUUUGUGGAUAUACUGCAGAAGAUAACAAUCGCUUGGCUGGCUGGAGAGUUUAUGUGCAAAUUCGUCAAAUUUUUACAGGCAGUGGUCAUGUAUGCAUCAACAUAUGUACUUGUCGCGUUAAGUAUAGAUCGGUGCGAUGCUAUCACCAACCCUAUGAAUUUCUCAGGAAGUUGGAAUCGCGCUCGUGCUCUUAUCGCAGCAGCUUGGAUCAUCAGCAUCAUUUUCUCCAUUCCUAUAUUAAUUCUAUACGAAGUAAAGGAAAUGCAAGGUCAACUGCAGUGCUGGAUCGACCUGGGCACGCCACAGCGGUGGCAGGUGUGGGUCACUUUGGUAGCUGCCAUGAUUUUUGUGCUGCCAGCUCUAGCUAUCGCAGCCUGUUACGCUGUGAUAGUUCUCACCAUCUGGACCAAGAGCAAAGCGGUGGUCAUGUCCCCACCAGUUAAUUCUAGAAGAUCCAAGAAUAUGAGAAAUGGACAGGUGGAAUGUGACCCGGAUUCCCGCCGUGCCAGCUCUCGCGGCUUAAUACCGCGAGCCAAGAUUAAAAGCGUCAAAAUGACAUUUGUUAUUGUUUUUGUGUUCGUUCUCUGCUGGUCACCGUACAUCGUGUUCGAUCUUCUCCAAGUAUACCAUCACAUACCUCCGACACAGACCAACCUGGCAAUCGCUACCUUCAUCCAAAGUCUCGCGCCACUCAAUUCAGCAGCUAACCCAUUGAUAUGCUGCAUGUUUUCGCCGCAUAUAUACAGUAGUUUAAGGCGCGUUCCUCCUUAUCGGUGGCUAUGGUGUGGACAAAAACGAAAGCGUCACGCGCGUGGUACAUUGCGCUCGCGGUCGGACUCCACAGCGAACUCGGAUCUCCUUAGUUCCACACAUGCAAGGAGAUCACACACUAUCGCUACGGCAUUAAACCGCACAUGCAGUAGCAAUAUCCCAAGAACAGAACAGCGGCGCACGCAGCUUCUGGUUCUCUUGCCUUCCAAGGACUGACCCAGGCUUUCUCCAGCGCAUGACGUCAUGCUUUAAGAUGUAGAGGAUUCUCUUUUUCAUUUAUUGUUGUACUAUUUGAACUAUCUUUAAUGAGAAUAGAUGUUGGGUGUUACCGUUUGGUAUUGUGGAGUUCUUAGGGCAGCUAGUUCGAUGAGUUAAAAUAAAAAUUGGACAGUAUGCUGAAAUUAUACCUGAACCACUUUCAGCCUCUUAAUGCAAGGCAAACGACACGAUUUUUUUACAUAAAUCUAAUAAAAUCGUAUCGUUCGCCCGAUUAACUAUAUUUGUGAUUUACUGUCAUAAAUAAAUGGUCUUAGACAUUACAUUUCACAUACAUCGAUUUAAAUAUAAAUAAUUUAGUAUUGUCUUUUAGACAUAACUUUUAGACAGAAAAAACACUUUUUUAACGGAUUUGAAGUUAUGUUUUAUUA